AUGGUCCCUGCACAAGCUACCCAUGCGACUCGUAGCCAAGCAAAGUCGAAGGCAGACGCCGACGUAGGAGACGACACAGCGCCCACUGCACCCGAAACUUCAACUCAGCGACAGCUCCGGCCAAAAGUCGCCAAGAAUCCCGCACCUGUGCAUUCCGCCCCCCCGCAAAAGGCGCCGUCAUCCAAAGCCCCGCCGAAGCCAGCGACAGCAAAGCCUUCCAGCAAGGCUAUGUCCAAGGCUUUGGCCAAGCCCGCAUCGACUGCAGCAGCAGCCAAGCCCGCGUCGACGAAGUCGGCUGAGGCGAGGGCUGCUGGGAGGUUGCGACCAGCCAUUGACACAGAUGGUGUGCCCUCCGUGGACCGUGUCGCAGUCGUCGAGGCUGCCAUUGCCGCAAAGCAAAAGCAGCAACUGAAGCCGAAGCCAAAACCUAGGCAGAGGAAGGUCAACGAAGCCAACGGCGUCAACCUCGAUGGCGAACAUACCUCUGAAUAUGCCGGGACCGCGCGGACAGCAAUGCCAUCAGCAAUGGUUUCCACGGAUGUCGAAGCCGACAUCAAUGAGGGACUGGGUGGUGGGAAGGGAAGAGCACAAGUAGCGCAGGUUGGGCGAGUACCCACGAGGAAGUCGGCCACUAUCACCGAUCAGGAAGCUGCCAUGAGCAGCAUCACUGAUGACACGGACGUCGGCCCAGUCGCAUUCGACCCCAUCCCACGGAUUUCCAGUUGGCGCGCGAACGUUCCUCGCAGCGCUACGAGUGGUUCUCGCUCCACAACCUCAGGCCGAACAAAGUCCAGUGGCACUUACAGCACCAUCACUGCGGCUACGUCGCUCUCUUCCCAUUCCAUCUCCGCCAAGCAUUCGGCUGUCACCACCAAACCCAAGGCAAACCAUGAGUCUGGCGCGGUAUCCGACACUGAUAGCAUUGAGGACGACAACGAGGAUGUACCCCGCGGGCUACGAGACGAUGACGAGGUCGACGCCAUUGAGUCUGAAGGAGCGUACAUGAGGAGCAAGGACACGAACGAUACACUGCCUACGUUCGUGAUCCAGAAGGCUGCGCCAUCUUCCGGUUUAUCCCCUCCCUUCACGCAACGUCCACCCCCAUAUCAGAGAUCACCCGACGCCACGGGCGACGAUGUAUCUGAGUUUGAAGAGGUGCUGGACUAUGAAGAUCCCGAAGCCAUAGACGACAAUGGAGAUGCAGGUGAUGCAGCUGCUCAUCACACUGGGCCGUCGUUUCUACCUGCCUCGCCGGGAGCAUGCUCCGACAUUGGGGGUUCCCAGGGUGACGCAGACAGUUACCAGCCCAGUGAUGCGGACGAAUAUCGAGCUGACGAUACUGACACAGAUGUCACUCUGAAGUCCGAUUCCAUCGCAGAGCCAGCUAGCGACGCCGAUAUGGAGGUAGAGCCGGAGGUAGCUGAGGGGGCCAUCGAUGCUGAGAUGGAGGUAGAGCCUGAUGAGGUCGAGGAGGACAUCGACCCCAACAUGGAGGCCGAGCCGGAGGGUGAGGUCAAUAUUGAUGCAGAGCCCGUCGCCGAGGAUGCAGAGCCCGCCGCCGAGGACGCUGAGCCCACCGCCGAGGAUGCAGAGUCCCCUGCCGAGGUUGGCCCCAACGACGAAACAGCCAAUGCCAGUGCGGAGUCAGUCAACCAGGCUGCAACGGGGGCAGAUGCUGAGGCCGGUGCAGACCCGGAGGCAGAUGCGAUGGACGUGUUGGGGGACUUCGCGAUCUCGCGCAAGACUACGCGCACAACAGCCCUGGAUUGUCAGACGCAUGCUCGGGUGUCACAGCCCGUCGAACGGCCUAAGAAACGGAUCAGACUCUCUGUCCCGAACUCAGAGUCUACUGCCGGUGCAUCUACCUCUGCCCCCGCCACUACUGUCACCCCCAUCGCUACUGUUGCCUCCACCACUCCCGCUACUCCCGCCGCUCCCACCAAUGCAUCCACCCCUACCGCCCCCGCUGUUGCCAAGAACAAGAAGACCAAGUAUACGCUUGAGAACCUACCCGCCUAUACCCGCAUCAACAGAGUCUUUGGGCGUCGUUUCAUGCCCAACGUUCUGUUGUGGCUUGGCGCUCAGGACUCGGGCAAGGUUUGGGGCCCCUCGGAUGAUGAGCUUGAGGACGCCUGCGCAGGAAUAUGGCGUGUUAUCUUCAACGUGGAGUACGAUACCUUGGACAUGGGCGAAAGGGCCGCGCUACUCACGAUUGUAACCAAUCGCAUGUGCUUAUGGCGCAACAGCUUCAGUUCCACCGCCGUCUUUGCCCUCCUCCUCUUGUUAGGUCACCGGGGCCUUUGCACUGCUGAGACGCGCGCCGCUUUUGCCGAGCGGCUUCUCAUUGGCGGUGCGUUUAUGUGCGAGAAGGUUGUGGAUGGUAAGCCGACCGGUCCCUACAAGGGAUCGUUCUUCACUAUGGUAUUCUCUUGCCACGUUCUGGCGAUCAAGGGGCACUCUCGUAAGAUCCCCGAGUUCAAGGACUUCUUGGAACCAGCAUACCUUCCCCGCGGUGCCCUUGCACUUGCUGCAGCUGCGUGCUUCCGCGCCGUCGACAUCGUCAAGUCCGGCAGGAUCGGCGACAUUGACAGGGCCAUCAGCAGCAUCGUCGACGCCGGCUGUACUCCCGCCAAUGGCUGGAAAUCCCUCACUCAGGUCAAGAGGCUGGUGAGCGAGUCCAGCCUCAAGGCGAAGAAGGACGAGAAGAAGGGUAAGAAGGGCAAGAAAGGCAAGGCCCGGGCUUCCGCGAAAGGGUCCGAUCCUGCGACACCGCCUCCACCACCCGACUUCUCUGAGGCUAACUACGGAAAGAAGACAAAGAGCUUCUAUCAACAUAGUGAACGCUGUUCGGACGCCCUGAUCAUCGCAUCCUACGAACUCGCCGCAGAGUGCGCGAUCAAGGUGGAGGAGGAGGAGGAGUCCGAAUCAGAGACAGACGAGGAAGCUGUCGACGAGUUCGCCGACCUUCCUACCGAAUGUAAAAAGCAAAAGCUAGGUUAUAGUGAGGAGGUUCGGCCUUACGCGUAA